AUGAGCCCCAGCCCUUCACAACUUCCCCUUCCCCUUCCCUUUCUCCUUCUUCUCCCUCUCCCUCACCGACUGCGCACUCCUCAACAGCCCAUACAUGCUCUGCAGCCUCCUCAUCUCCACCCCCUUCGCCCUCGCGAUCCUCACGGGGUUGCCCAGGAUGACCUCGAUCUCCAGCGGCCGGCCGGCCUCCCAGUCGAGCAGCAUCGACGGCCUGGCCCCGGCAUUGCGCUCCGUGCUCCGGAUGAUCCGCUCGGGCGUCGCGUACCCAUGCCCCUCCACCCUCCCGGCGUCCUCGAACGAGCGGCCCAGCACCGUCGGCGCCGCGGCCCAGACCUCGUCCAUGACGCCGCGCAGGUGGGCCCGCAGCUCCGGGUCCGUCAGCAUGUCGGCGUUGCCCCGGCCGCCGGACAGCACGGCCGACGGGUUGAACGCGGCGUUGAUGCACAGCUUGUGCCACCGCACCGUCUGCAGGCCGAGCUCCGUCAGCGCCUCGGCGUCCUUGACGCCGCCCAGCCCCGCCAGCCACCCCGCCAGGUCGGCCGUGGCCCGCGCGCCCCGCUCCGAGAGCGCCGCCCGCGCGUCGUCGUAAGGAGACUGCCGUCUGCUUCCCUCCUUCUUGCUGCUGCCGCCGUCGCCGUCGCCGUCAGAGUCAGAGUCAGAGAGCGAGGCCGAGUCGGUGUAGGGCCCCAGGUGCACCCGCGUCCAGCGGUUCUGCCGGAUCGUGCCCGGGCGGAUCUGCUCCGCGCUGAUGACGGUCACGGCGCUGACGAUGGGCGUCCCCGGGAACCGCCGGCGGUACGGGUCCUCGACGCCCACGCCGUUCUGGAUCAGCACGAUGGCCGAGCCGGGCCCCACGAGCGGCGCGAUGGUGGCCGAGUCGUCGCCGCGGUCCGGCAGCGCCUUGGUGGUCACGACAAUGAAGUCCCAGCCCGUGCUGGGCGGUGCUGCCGCAGCCGCCGCCGCCGGCGACGACGACGACGAGCCGUCGAGCGGGUUGGAGGCCGGCGCCGUGGAGGCGGCCGCUACUGA